AUGACGAGGGAGGUGGCACGCUUCUUCCAGGCAGCCGGCGCCGCAAACCCCGCUCAGUCUGCGGUUUGGAGCGACGUCCCCAGCGUGAGCGCGAUCGCGGCCAGCUGCGAUGCUGGCAGGGCUGUUGGCACAGCAUACGCACCUGUCCCCGCAGUCGAUCCCGCAGCCUGCUAUGCCUACGAGCACUUCUUCCUACCUUUCGUCACAGCCUGGCGGGCGCUCGCGUGCGGCAGCAGCCCCGCCCGCCCUCGCGAAGGGGGCGGCGGCGGCGGCCCGCUGCUGUCCGCCGCCGCGGUGGGCCGCGGCACGCCGGGGCCCUCGCUGCCUGAGCCGCAGCUCCUGGAGACUUACCAGCGAGUGCUGGAUUACUGCCUGGACCAUGAGCUGUUCUCGUGCGCCGUGCUGCUCAUGAACCUCCAGCCCACCCUCGCGCACGCCGCGCUUGGCGCGGGCGCGGGCGAGCCGCGCGGCUGCCCGGCUGGGGUGCUGGCCGCGCUCGGGCGCGCCGCGCGGCAGGGCGGGAGAGGCAGCGGCGGCGGCGGCAGUCUGAGGGGCAGCAGCAGCGACGAGUCGGAUGAUGACGGCGAUGCCCUGCUGCGCAAGCUGUGCCAGCGCCAGCACGCGCGCCAGGUGGCCGCGGCCGCGGCGUGCUCAUCAGGGGAUCGGCGGCCGCUGCCGCCGAAGCAGGAGCCAGGGCAGCAGUGGCGGCAACAGCAACAACAACAGCCGCUGCGGACGGCAGACGCGCACGGGGCUUCUGCCCAGGGCGACUGGGCGCGUGAGUCCUGGUCGGCAAGCGAGCCCCUGUCAUUGGCCGCGUGCUUGCAGCAGCAGCAGCAGCAGCAGCAGCAGCAGCAGCAGCAGCAGCAGCGGCACCAGCAGCCGCAGCACCAGCCUGAGCUGGAGCAGCGCCGGCUGCUAGAGGCGGAGCUUGAGCGCCUGGACAUGCUGUUCACAGGGGAGCUCACGCUCACAAGGGUGCGCGGCCGCCCUGGGCAGGGCACGCCUGCGGCCGGAGGCCUCUCUUCUGCGCGGCCUGUUCUGGGCGCGCCGGGCGCAAGCAGGGAGCAGCGGCAGCCGGCGGCGGCACGAAAGCUGGUGGCGCAGCAGCCCUGGCGGCGGCGCCCCGCUGCGGGCAUGGCAGCUGCUUCCGCAGCUUCUUCGGGCUCCGCCACGGCGUCCCAAGCGAGCAAAGCGAGCGGCAAGCUCGCCGACCCGCACGAGCAUGCCGGCCGCUUCGCACCCGUUGUGCCGCCGCCGCCGCGGCCGCAGCCCCCUGUGGCGGCCGGCGAGGCUCUCGCUCGCCGCGCGUCUGCCACGGCCGCCGCGCCGGCGACGGCGCCGCUGCGGCGCGACACGUGCGCGCUGCUGCGCGCGACGCUGUCCGGCUUUGCAGCGCCGCACGCGGAGGCGCUCUACGUUGUUUUUAAGAGCCACCACUCCAGCAUGCUGGACAUGACAGCCCUGCUCUACAGCACCCUCACCUGGCUAGCCACCGCGCUGCGCAGCGCCACCGCGCCGGCCGAGGCGGCCGUUCUGGUGAUGUACUUGGCCGUCUUCAUCGUACCCUACGCCGUCAUGCUCCUCAACCGCCCGCUGUUCCUGCGGCGCCGCGAGCAGCUGCUUGUCGCGGGCCGGAUCGGGGGGACGGUGUGGACGGGCGCGGCGAGCCUGCUCCUGCGCGCGGUGCUCCCGACGGCGUGGCUGGUUGCCUCGACGAAGCCGAUGGUCGUGUUCGUCUCGCACGCCGUCAUCCUGCCCGCGAGCCAGCAGCUGCGGCUGAGGCACGCGCUGGUGGCCGAGGCCGCGCACCUCUUCGGCGACUUUGGGCUGCUGAGCAACGGGAUGCCGGCCUGCGAGGCGUUUGCAUGCAGCUUGUGCAUGCGGCUGGCGGCGGUGCUGGUGACGGUCCUCCUGGAGGUGCGCUCGCGCCACGUGUUCCUGGAGCAAUACCAAGGCGUGCUGCGCGGCAUGGCCGCGCCCGCGUCGGUCCCAGCGCCGGCCGCGCUCGCGGGCACCCCAGGCGUGCGCGUGGCGCCGCGGCGCGGCGCGCCUGGCUGCGCCCACAAGUUGGAGUAG